UUUUUUUUUUUAAUUUAAAAUCUUCUCAUGGCUUUUGUCCACCCAUAAGUGUGAUGAUCCAGCGAAAGAAAAGAAAUUUUUCAGCAAGGACUGAAACGCAACAGCCAACAGGCGCCAGGAAAAUAAAGGAGUCUCUCUCUCUCUCUCUCUGGUAAAAAAAAAAAAAAGGAGUCUCUUUAAUUUCGUGGUUUGUCAAUCUAGUUUUGACGUGCAAAGGAAAUCAUAAUUAAUUGGAGCCUUACAAAGCUGAAACCAAUCCUGGAUAUAAGAAUCAUAUUUCAGCGUCAGAGGCAGGCAGCGUAGCGUCUACAGUUGCCAACUAGUUACUCAGGCUUCCCUAAAUUAUGGGGCGAAAGCAUUUGUGGGUGGCUUUCUGUUUAUGGGCUUUAACAUGCUCACUUCUUCCUUCUUCUUCUUCUGGGCUUCUCAGAAUUGGUUUGAAGAAGAGGCAUCUAGAUCUUCAGGGCAUCAAAGCUGCUAGAACUAUAAGAGAACAGCUAAAACCUGGCAGACCAGUGAAGGGUGCAUUUCACUAUAUUGGUAGUUCAGACGAGGAUAUAGUACCUCUGAAGAAUUAUUUAGAUGCGCAAUAUUAUGGAGAGAUCGGAAUUGGCACACCCCCACAGACUUUCACUGUCAUAUUUGAUACCGGUAGUUCCAACUUGUGGAUUCCAUCAUCAAAGUGCUACUUUUCUAUUGCAUGCUAUUUCCAUUCUCGGUACAAAUCAAAGAAAUCAAGUACAUAUAGCAAGAAUGGAACGUCAUGUCAAAUAACCUAUGGAUCUGGAUCUAUAUCUGGUUUCUUCAGUCAAGAUAACGUUAAAGUUGGUGAUGUCGUUGUCAAGGAUCAAGAUUUCAUCGAGACAACCCGAGAAGGAAGUCUUUCAUUUGUAUUAGCUAAGUUUGAUGGAAUAUUUGGGCUUGGGUUUCAGGAGAUCUCUGUUGAAAAAGCUGUUCCAGUAUGGUAUAAUAUGGUGGAGCAAGAUCUUGUUAGUGAGCAGGUAUUCUCUUUUUGGCUAAAUGGGGAUCCAGAUGCAGAAGAGGGUGGUGAAUUAGUUUUUGGAGGUGUUGAUCCAAAUCACUUCAAGGGAAAACAUACUUAUGUUCCCGUUACUAAAAAGGGUUAUUGGCAGUUUGAAAUGGGUGAUUUUCUCAUUGGAGGUCAGUCAACAGGUGUUUGUAAGGGUGGGUGUGCUGCUGUAGUUGAUUCCGGAACAUCCUUGCUUGCUGGUCCCACUUCUGUUGUGACUGAAAUCAACCAUGCCAUUGGAGCUGAGGGAAUUGUGAGUUCAGAAUGUAAGGAAGUUGUAUCUCAAUAUGGAGAGUUGAUAUGGGAGCUCUUAGUAUCAGGGGUACGGCCUGAUGAAGUAUGCACACAACUUGGUUUAUGUUCUGCAUAUGGGAAACAAUCUAAGAGUGCUGGGAUUGAGAUGGUUACUGAAAAGGAGCAGAGACGGUUAUCCGCUAGAGAAGAUGCUUUGUGUACUUUUUGUGAGAUGGCUGUGAUUUGGAUACAGAAUCAGUUAAAACGAAAAGUCGACAAGGAAAAAGUAUUUAACUACAUAUAUCAGUUAUGUGAGAGACUGCCAAGUCCAGCCGGAGAGUCCACAAUAAGCUGUGAUAGUCUAUCUCAAAUGCCAAACAUUACACUUACUAUUGGAGAAAAACUUUUCGACCUCACCCCAGAGCAGUAUAUUCUGAAAACUGGAGAGGGCCUUGCAGAAGUUUGCAUUAGCGGUUUGGCAUUUGAUUUUCCUCCCCCACGGGGUCCCCUCUGGAUUCUGGGCGACAUUUUCAUGAGGGUAUACCAUACAGUAUUUGACUAUGGCAAUCUAGAACUAGGUUUUGCUGAAGCUGCCUGAUGCGAAUCGUGGAAGAUUAUGUCAAGAAAAUCUUAAGAAGCUUGAGAGUGUAAUGUAAAUAAGAUGCAGUGAAGUAUGUACGCCUACUUGCCAUGGCUUGGGUUUCUGUAUGGAGGAUAUACUUAGGAUGAAACUUGAAAAUAUCCUCGUGGAAGUAUUAUUAUGUAUGCUUUGACUGGAAUGGCCCUUGUAUUCACAACAGCACCUAGCACUUAAUCAACGUACCAGGUUUAUGAUGAUUGUAAUUCAUGCAGAGAGCUUGUAAAUAAACAGUAUUACUCAGUUUAUAGAAAACAAUAAUUGGGAAUUAA